AUGGCUUCUACAUCUUCAUUUAGAGGUCAACAACAAGUUUCUUCUUCGUAUGGAGGCGGACCACCACCAUUGCCACCGUCAAGGAAUCAAAGACUAUACGGUAAACCAUUACCACAUCAACUUCCUCAAUCAUCUUAUGAAAGAAGACCAUCAUCUUUAUCACAUAGUAGUAGCACUUCCUCUUUAUACAGUCCCACAUCUUCUACUAGUAAUUCUUUAAAUGUCAACCAAUCUCCACAAAAAACUUUAUUUGAACAACACACAAAGCCUAUUCAAAUUCCUUGGGCGGAUUGUAAGAUCGAAGGACAACGGUUAAGAGAGGCAGAGGCCAAAUUAACAGAAAGUGUUAGAAAAUCGCAAAUAGAUCUUGAUAAAGUAAAUUGGGAAUUGGAGAAAGUCAUUCAUCAAACUGCUUUGGCAACUAGACAAAUAGAAUUACUUUUUGCUAAUAGUCAAGAAGAAAUUGAAGCUUUAAAUAAAUUAGCAGAAAAAGAAACAGAGGAAAAUCAACUAGCUUUGAUUAAUAAUAGUAAUUUUUAA